AUGACUACCACCAUUGCAACUACCAGCGAAGAUACUUCUUCACCAAGCUACAUCCCCCGGGGCACAGCUACCGCCAAACUCACCUUCUACGCCCCGCCUCCGGACAACUCUGCACCAUACAACUACGUCGACCCGCAGCCCGGCAUUGCGCAACGCAACUACCUCGAGCCCGAGCAGACCGUCCAAAUCACGGACAUCCGCAACAAGGAAGACAACUUCAACCUCGACAAAGACGCUUUCCAAGUCCUCCAACGCGUCCCCACAAAGACAACCUACACAACCUUCGAGUCUGACGCCUCCGUCCGAAAAAUCUAUUACCCAGAAGUCGAGUCCCUCCUUCUCUCCGCCCUUCCAGGCGCCCAGAAGGUCAUCCUCUUCGACCACACCAUCCGGCGCCAAAAGGACGGCGCCCCACGCCAGCCGGUCAACCGCGCCCACGUCGACCAAACGCGCCGCGCAGCAAUCGCCCGCGUCCGCAAACAUGUCUCCGACCCUGCUGAAGCAGAGGAGCUGCUGAAAGGCCGGUACCGGAUUGUGAAUGUGUGGCGCCCACUGAAGGGACCGGUGCAGUCUAUGCCGUUGGCGUUUGCGUCGGCGACGUCCGUGGAUGAUAAGGAUCUGGUGCCUAUUGAGCAUCGGUAUCCUGAUCGCAAUGGGGAGACGAUGGGGGUGCAGUUCAACGAGGGUCAGAAGUGGCAUUAUUGGUCUGGCAUGAUGGAGGAUGAGAGGAUCUUGCUUAAGUGCUCUGAUUCCGAGGCUUCUGGCACGUCUGGCAAUGGACUUGCGCAGUGGGUGCCGCAUACGGCGUUUUGGGAUCCCAGAACACCUGCUGGGGCGAAGGGUAGGGAGAGUAUUGAGGUGAGGGCUCUGGUUUUUGGCUGA